UAAACAGUGCAAUAAUACUUUCGAAAUUAAUUUAUUACCGUGUGCUACAAGGUAGAUAUUCGAGAUUAUUCGUUAACGGGAUGAACUUCAAGAUGAUGACAGGUGUUCCCCCACUGGAGCCCAGUGACAUUCGAGUGUCCAACUCCAAAUCAUUAAUACUUAAGCAUGGACGAACUGCGAGGCAAGAGCACCUUGGGAAUGAACUGCAAGACAUUAUUAUGGUCAAGCAGGCUGGCCUGCGAUUGAAGAAUCUGAACAACAUAGAAUACUGCAGAUCACUGAAAAUUUGUAUAUUGGCCAACAAUUACAUCACAAAAAUAGAAGCCUUGUCCAAUUGCCAUGAAUUGGUUAAAUUAGAUCUUCAUGGUAACCAGAUAACCCAGCUUCCAGGAAGCUACUUUUGGGAUGGGAUGAAGAAUCUACAGUUCCUCAACCUUCAUGACAAUGCAAUAGGAAACAAUAUUCAGUUCCUGUCAAGCUGCCAGAGCCUCAUUGGGUUAACAUUGUAUGACACCCCACUGAGUCUGAGGGAAAGUUACAGGCAUUGUACUAUCAACAGUAUAUGGUCCCUGAAAGCACUGGAUAAUUAUGUCAUUUCUGAUGAGGAGAUUAUUGAAAACUGGUGUCUUCCUCAAAAAUUCAAAGCACAAACACCUAACUUAUUUGUAGAUCUGUGCCCUGUCACUGAAAUGGAGUCGUUUACAGAUGAGAUGAAAAUGGUAAAGGAUAUCAUCUCAAAGAUAAACUAUAUUCUAGCCUUUUAUUCACCAGUUUUAAUUAUUCAGCGCUGGAUUCGGGGGCAUCUAACACGGAAAAGACUUGGAAAAGUUUCAUGGGAUCUAAGACUACCGCAAAGAUCCCAUGUCAUGUCGAAAGUAACCAGCAGUCCAUCACUGGGCAGCAGAAAUAGGUUCCUGGAACAAACUGGGUUUAAAAGGAAUCGAAGAACAAGCCCUACCCCAACUAAGCAGUAUGAAUUCUGCAUUCCAUCCUGUGGAUCCGAAAAGAAUAUUGCUAUAGACCUGGAGAAACUACUGCAAUCAGACAUUGUACAGGCUAAAAAAAGUGAAAAGGAAUCUUACUCAUUAAACUCAGAAAGCAAUCUAAAACUGAAUACUCCAUACUGCACUCCUGUGCAAAGCCGCCUGUUUGAAUACAGUAAAACGAAGCCCAAGCGGAACAAAGGUGAGUCUGACUCUGAGAAAUACGACUUGGAUGAUUUAGGUUUCAGGCUUCCCGGAUCUAAGGUUUUUUUCCAUAAAGCUGACCCAGUGAGUGAAAUGCUGAUAUCCCAUCGGGAGAAUGGAAGGGAGAUUAGAUUUGCCAUUGACCAAUUCCACUCAGCAAGCCAGGAAGCUGCUGCAAAGCCUAAAAUUAAUUAUUGUCCACCAGUGAGCAUGGAGAAAAGGCUGAUCGCUAGGUCCUACGCAUCCAUAAGUCUCACUCCUUUUCAGGUCAUUGAAAAAGCCUACAGAGAUAGGCAGAAAGCUGAAAACCAGAACUUAAAGGCUGACUGGGUCGCUCAGGCCCGUGUCACCAGAGUUGAGGCACAGAACCACAUCAGGGGGUAUCUCGAGACAAGAAACAGCAAUGCUCUCAAUAAAUCUGAGAAAGAUAGUUUACAGCUACAGGAAGCCAUGGAGCGACACAAGACAAAUGAUUCAAAGCUGAUUCAGUUAGCACGACAAAGACAUGCAAGGUUUCUGGAGGAAAAGAAACAGCGGGCUGCUGAGAAUGCACAAGUAAAGGACUUCAGUGCACAGCAUAUAUCAAUAAGCAAUACAAUGCUGAAAUACAAAAUGCAAGAGAGAAAGUACGCCCUCAGACAAGAGAAGACAGACCUUGUGAUGACCUGUAAGCUGAAACAGGAAGAGCGAAUGCAGCUGGUCCAUAAGUACAUGGAACAUAGGAAAUUUGCCAUUGAGACUGAAGCCCACUUUGAAAAAAUGGCUAUCGACAAUCGUCUCGUGCAACAAGCAAAUGACCAUUUGCAGCAAGUCAGAGCUAAAGUGGCAUCUCAGAGACCUCACCGAGCCGCCAUGGUGGCUAUGCAACCAAUUCCAGUGGAUCAAGUGCCAAUAUGAUAAUAUGUGCAAGAACUGAUGAGACAUUAAAAUGACGGUGAUCUCUACACAUACAAUGCUGAAAUUGUGCAUUGAAGUUUAUUAAAAAAUAUAUAAUCUUCUACAUGUUUUUUCUUAAAGAAAGAACUAUGAUAUACCAACUUUGUGGAGUUUCUGAAAAUUACUCAAAUUAUAUUGUUUUAAAUACAUGGCUUUUCUUUGUUGAAGUAAUUUUGCCUAUUGUUCACUCGCAGGGUAAGUCAAAUUGAUAAACAUAUAUGGUAGCACAGAAAACAGGAAUGUUUAUAUGGUUUGUCUUGUGUCUCCAUCCCAAAUAGUGAUAUGUAGAUACACCAGUUGGUAAGGAAAAGGUAGAAAAGAAAGACCACACCUUAAGGGAAAAGGACAGAUGCCAAUAUCAGAAAUGUGUAACGUUCAACCUGAAUGUGUUUUACAUAA